AUGAACAGCAACAUCUCUUCAGAGGCUAUCAGUGAGAAUGGCUCACAGACUAAAAACAAACCGCUCGCCUUUAUCCCCUGGGCCGUCGACCAGCUCGAUGAAACCGAUUCGUCCAGCACCCAAGCUUCCGAUGAAAUCUCAAGCACAAGCCUUCUCCCCCGGUCACCUCAGUCUCUUCAAAUAGACCCAGUGAGCCUCAUGAGCCUAAGCCAAACAUUCCACCUCCUUCCCACCCCAGAAGACGGUGAUAACCUCGAGACAACAGUGGAAAAGGUAUCCCGUCUCGCGCACGUCGUCGACCAGGGCAACAGCCUUGCGCUUUGGACAGGUAUGAAACUCGCUUCCGAGACGCUCCAAGACGCCGAAUCAAUCGCAAAGGCGCAAAUGCCCAACGAGGAGCGACACAUCUAUGAGGCGUGGAAAGAAUGGGCAAUAACCCGCAACGACUACAUACUACAUACUACUACUACUACUACUACUACUACUACUACUACUACUACUACUACUACUACUACUACUACUACUAUAAUUAACGAAAGUACCAGUACUACCAGUAUUAGUCAGGAAUGGUUCCGCCUACCCGACUUCAACUGGGAGCAGAACGUAGCCCCUGUUCCAGAGGGCGCUCAGAGCUCAAAAAGAUUCACUCAGCGCCGCUGCAGCCAUGGACAUCGUCUUCAGGCAUCAGGGCGCGACCCCGGAGAACGCAGCAUGGCUUACCUUCAACAUGGCUCCGCUCCUACCACUUGUUAA